AUGUCUGACGUGACGCCUUCUCUUGUGCGUAUGCGUACUCUUCUCCAUCAAAUUUCUUCGAGUAAAUGUACAUUACCAUCGUCUUCUUCCUCUUCUCCGUCUUCUCCAUCAUUGUUCGUUAAUCCUACUACGCGAUGGAAUGGAUGGGGUUAUGAAGACACGAAAUUAUUUGUCAAUCAGGACAACAUCAUUGAAAUAUCAGGUGCUCGUUAUGCCGACAUAUUUGCUACUGCAUCUGAUCGUACACUUCCUUCUUUGCUCAUAUGGGCUGAGAAACGUCUUGGUUUGGAUAUUAAGCGUACGAGUCCACCUAGUAUCACAUGUAUCGAGGAAUUCCAGCUACGCAAUCAAUUGGAAGAGCAUGGACCGAUAUGGACAAAAUUGGAGCAGUUUUUACACUUAGUGAGCACUGAGAUGCAUAUAAAGGCCAGUACUACAGUUGAAGAGCGGAUCCGACAUGGACAUGGCCAAACAUGUGAAGACGUGUUUCGUCUUCGUCAUAAAAAGGACAUGGACCGUGUGCCCGAUGCCGUGGUGUGGCCCACAUCGCAUGACCAAGUCGAACGGUUAAUACAUGAAGCGACACAGAAUUUUGCUGCUUCUGUGUGUCUGAUUCCAUUUGGAGGUGGAACGAAUGUGACGAACGCUCUGGAAUGUAAUCCGAAGGAACGACGGGCCAUUGUUUCACUGGAUAUGCGAGAAAUGAGACGGAUUUUGAGUAUCGACCGAGAAAAUUUAGUGGCAGUAGUGGAAACAGGAAUUACUGGAUUUGAUCUUCAUGAACGAUUACGUCAUCGAGGACUGACGCUAGGACAUGAACCGGAUUCGUGGGAAUUUUCAACACUUGGUGGAUGGAUUGCUACACGUGCUUCAGGGAUGAAGAAAAACAAAUAUGGUAAUAUUGAAGACCUUGUGAUCAAUAUUACAACCGUGACGCCACAGGGAACAAUGCAGCGUGCUGUGAAUGUACCUCGUGCUGCAAUGGGACCGGAUAUAAAUCAUGCUAUGAUGGGGUCGGAAGGUAUCUUUGGUGUCCACACUUUGGUGACUUUACGUCUCUGUGAACUUCCUACUGUCCAAGUUUACGACUCGCUCAUUUUUCCAAGCUUUGAACAUGGACUAGCAGCACUUAAGGACAUUACUCGUGCUGGGUGUGAACCAGCGUCGCUGCGUCUGCUGGACAAUACGCAGUUCCAGCUGGGUCAGGCACUUAAAACAUCAUCGACGACUAACAGGUUUACCACUGGCGUCCUUGACUUUGCAAAGAAAACGUACGUGACCAAGAUUUGUGGAUUUGAUGUGAAUGAAAUGUGUGCUGCCACUGUUUUGCUUGAAGGAACCAAUCAGCAGAAGGUGACGGAGCAGCUCAAGUGCAUCCAUACUAUUGCCAAGCGUCAUGAAGGCAUGAUUGGUGGAGAAGAGAACGGUAGACGUGGCUAUUUCUUUACAUACGUCAUUGCGUACCUCCGUGACUUUGCUUUGGACUAUUAUUUCAUGAGCGAGUCUUUUGAAACGGCCGUACCUUGGACAAACGUGAGUCAGCUCAUUACCGAUAUUAAGCUGGCGAUCAACUCGGUGGCCGCUAAGCGUAACGUGAAGAUUCCACCACUUAUCGCUUGUCGCGUGUCGCAAGUCUACGGAGCUGGAGUCUGCGUGUACGUGUACUACGGUAUCAACUACUUUGGCGUUAACGAGCCGAUGAAUCUCUUUCGUGAAACGGAAUUGGCUGCUGUGGACGCUAUCGUGCGUAAUGGUGGCGCUCUGUCGCAUCACCACGGCGUUGGCAAGCACCGUCUUGCAUGGCUGCCACAAGCAGUAUCACCUCCAGCCAUCGCGGCCAUCCGGGGUAUAAAAAACGCGCUGGACCCUACCAACAUUUUUGCAGUAACUAAUCUCCAGCCGUCGAAGAAUGAGGUCGAGGGUAUGCAUGAGUAG